AUGCGCGCCAUCUGCAGCCUAUUUCUCCAGUUAUUGUGCAUUUUCCCGCCUUUUUUGCAGCAUCAACAGUUGUUUUAUCGUGGAAAAAACACUAAAAACCCAACUUUUACACGAUGUCUUCCCCGGCCCCCCAUCGCACACCUCGCGCCAACCGCGACGACGAUGCGCCCACUCCCCGGGGGCGCAGACCCGCCGGUGGUCACCGCACCCCGGCCCGCGAGGACCCUCAGACGCCGUCACGGACCCCCCGACACAACCCCACGCCGGCUAAAAGCGACACUAUCGACACUCCAAUGCGUUGGGGCGGAGCCCGACGCGAUAUCGAGGGCGACGCCGGGGAAAUCCCCUCGUCGCCGAUGGUCACAAGUCCGGGAGUGGCAAUGAGCGAGAUUGACUUGUCGUCGCCCCUCAAUUACGGCACUCCGUGCUCUUUGGGGUCCAUCAGGACCCCCAGGUCGGGGAUCAGGGGGACCCCCAUCAGGAUGCGGCCCGAUGUGAGGACUGAUCGCAGGAUGAGACAAGUUAACGUCGGCGGAGAGUUAGAUCCGGUGGCUGAGGGCGAUGAGGGAAGCACAGCCCCACAUUUGGUCAUCUGGGGCACCAAUGUCUCGGUCGCUGAGUGCAAAGAGAAGUUCAAACAGUUUGUUUUGAGGUUUAUUGACCCAAAUGCCGAAGAGGAUGAGAGAACCGACGAUAUGAAUAUCAACGAGCCUUUGUAUUUUCAAAAAUUGGACGAGAUUAACACACUAGAGGAGCCUUUUUUGAACGUCAAUUGUGCCCACAUUGAGACCUUUGACGCGAAUUUAUACCGACAACUUGUCUCCUACCCCCAGGAAGUCAUCCCAAUUUUCGACAUGAUGGUCAACGAAAUGUUCUACGAGCGUUACCCCGCCGCCGAAUUGGAGCACCAGAUCCAAGUGCGGCCUUUUAAUGCCGAAAAAACCCGAAAUAUGAGAGCCCUCAACCCUGAAGAUAUCGACCAAUUGAUCACAGUCAGUGGCAUGGUYAUYCGCACCUCGAAUYUAAUGCCCGAGAUGAGAGAGGCAUUCUUCAAAUGCAUAGUUUGCAACUUCACCACCACGGUGGAGAUCGACAGGGGGCGCAUCACCGAACCCACCCUCUGCACCAGUUGCAACACCAACCAUUGCUUCACGAUGGUGCACAACCGCUCGCAGUUCACCGACAAACAAAUGAUCAAACUGCAGGAAUCCCCGGACGACAUGCCUGCGGGGCAGACCCCCCACACGGUGGUCCUCUUCGCGCACAACGACCUCGUGGACGCCGUGCAGCCGGGCGACCGCGUCACCGUGACGGGGAUUUACCGCGCACAGCCCCUCCAGGUGAACCCCCGGCAGCGUAACCUGCGCGCCGUCUACAAAACCCACAUUGACGUCCUCCACUUCCGCAAAAUCGACACCAAACGGCUAUACGAAGAGGAGGACGGCAAAGACCACCGUUUCCCCCCCGAACGAAUCGAAUUACUGAACCUUUUGUCGCAAAAAGAGGAUAUUUACGAACGGUUGGCGCGCGCUCUCGCCCCCUCGAUCUACGAAAACGAGGAUGUCAAAAAGGGGAUUCUUCUGCAGCUCUUUGGGGGCACCAAAAAGAAAUUUGUGACGUCAGGACGCACGAAUUUCAGGUCCGAAAUCAAUAUUUUGUUGUGCGGGGACCCGGGUACCUCCAAGUCGCAACUCCUCCAAUACGUCUACAAUUUGGUUCCGAGGAGUCAAUACACGUCCGGGAAGGGUUCCUCAGCUGUGGGGUUAACAGCCUACGUGACCAAAGACACCGAAACGAGACAAUUGGUUCUGCAAACGGGGGCUCUAGUUCUGGCCGAUAAUGGCAUAUGUUGCAUCGAUGAGUUUGAUAAAAUGAACGAUUCAACCCGGAGUGUUUUACAUGAGGUGAUGGAACAACAAACUUUGAGCAUAGCCAAAGCUGGGAUUAUUUGUCAAUUGAACGCCAGGACUUCAAUUCUUGCCGCUGCAAACCCCUCCGAAUCACAAUGGAACAAAAAUAAAACAAUUAUAGAAAAUGUGCAACUACCACACACACUUUUGUCACGUUUUGACUUAAUUUUCCUGAUUUUGGACCCCCAGAGUGAGGUUUUCGACCGAAGAUUGGCCUCGCAUUUGGUGGGGCUUUACUACAAGACGCCCCAACAAGAUGAUGACGAGAUUUUGGACAUGUCGAUUCUUCGUGAUUAUUUGGCCUACGCCAAGGAGCACAUUCACCCCAAGUUGAGUGAGGAAGCCUCCCAGCGGCUGAUCCAGGCCUACGUGGACAUGCGGAAGGUGGGGUCGGGCCGGGGGCAGAUCUCCGCGUACCCCCGCCAGUUGGAGUCGCUGAUUCGGCUCUCGGAGGCGCACGCCAAGGUGCGGUUUUCGCAGCUUGUGGAAAUUGAGGAUGUUGAGGAGGCGUGGAGGCUCCAUCGCGAAGCUUUGAAACAGUCAGCGACGGAUCCGUUGAGUGGGAAAAUCGAUGUGGGGAUUUUGACCACCGGGUUGAGUAUGGCGGCGAGGAAAAGGAGGGUGGAGUUGGUUCAAGCCUUGAAGAAGUUGAUUGAGAAUAAAGGGAAGGUUCCCACGAUUAAUUACCCCAAGUUGUUGGCGGAAGUGAAGGAAGGGUCGAGUGUUAUGGUGACCAGGGAGCAGUUUGAGGACGCGUUAAAGGAUUUGCAGGAUGAGGGGAUGAUUGUGGUGAUGGGGAGGACGUCCAUCAGGGUCUGCAGGAAUAGGGAUUAGGGUUAUAAUGUAUUUUUUUAAGAAUAAAGCCCAAUUUUCACAUUA